UCGAUUUUGCCUUUUUAUAUUUGUCUUUCAGCUACACCUUCAACAGAGAGAAUCUCGUGAAACGCGAAAGGACGCACGUGUGUCUUUAUUUCUUCUGUUAUUUCUCUAUCUUUGGAAGCUGGAGUGAUUUUGCAUCAUGGAUGAUGAAGUUGGAGAAGGUGUGGAGGAGUCCAGUGUUGCCAAUUUCGGAAAACGGCCUCCCGGGAUAAAGAACAGAUUGCCUUCUAAGAAACAAAAACUGAAUAAAGCCGAGCUGUACAAACCUCCCACCAUGACAGAACUUGCUUCUCUAAAAGAGACAGAGAUGCUUUACAACUCAAGCUUGUUCAAGUUACAGAUGGAUGAGCUUCGCAUGGAGGUCGAGUUGAAAGAGAAGAAGAAGAAGGGUUUACUGCCUAUUCUUCAGUCACUGGAAGAAAUCUUGCGCAAGCUGCCACCAAUGACCAUCCCAGAUGCAUCAGAACUAGAAGGCUCCCUGCCCAAGAAUGUGUGUUUGCCGAUGCGAUGGAAGAAGACCCAACUCAAAGGAGAAAUCAAAUUACGCAAGCCAUUGGAAGUCAAGAUCAUCGGUAGCUAUCUCCUCGGAACCUGUCUGAACGAUCCUCUGACCAUCGACAUGGCCGUCCAAAUACCAACUGAAUGUUUCCAACCCAAGGAUUAUCUCAACUUCCGUUACCACCACAAGAGGGCGCUCUACUGCAUGUAUCUCGUGAAACACCUCAAGAAGAAGAAGGAUCUCGUCAAGAGUGUGUCGUAUGGAUCGCUUCAAGGGGAUCACAUGACUCCCGUCAUACUUCUGAAGUUAGUCGGCAAGAAUGCUACAGUGAGACUCAUACCGUGCCUUCCCGAGACUGGCUUCAAAGAGGCAAGAUUUGCUCCCUCUAAGAACAACAUCCGGCAGCAGUGGUACAACCAAAAUAGUGAAGAAGAGACCUUCCCUCCCACCCCACACUACAACUUCUCCAUUCUACGAGACAUGUCGUUAGAGCGCCACCUGCACCACCUCUACAACGCAUCCUACGACUUCCCAGCAUUCAAAGACGCUGUUCUGCUUCUCAAGGUCUGGCUGCACCAAAGAGAACUAGACCAGAUCUGCGGUGGCUGCAAUGGUUUUCUUAUCUCCAUGGUGGUAGCUCACCUCUUGGACAAUGGUCAAGUCAACAAAGUGAUGAGUGGACAACAGGUGGUCAAGAAUGUACUGCAUUUCAUCGUCACGACCGACUGGGCAUCCAAGGGUGUCACCAUGUGCAAGAGCUCCAACUCCCAGACGCUACCAGGGCUGGAGGAAUUCCAUCAGCAUUUCCCUGUUGUGUUUGUAGAUCCAUCGGGCUACCUCAAUCUGUGUGCGGACAUGACUGGAACCACAUAUGAACAUCUGAAGCAUGAAGCCAAGUUGGGUCUAGACUUCCUGGAUGACAAGAGGAUAGAUGGCUUCCAUUGUCUCUUCAUGACACCGGUUCUCUUCACCAGAAAGUUUGAUCACCUCUUUACUAUCACCAAGUUGAAGCAGUUGAGACCUUCUGUGAAGAAGUUUGAUCUUGAGACUCAGUUGAUGGACAGAGGAGGCAACUAUCCCCGGGUGGUGCUACCCAGGGUAGAGGAAAUCCUUAGGCAAGCUCUUGGAGACAGGAUAAAGCUGCUUGCUUCUGGUCUCUUUCACUCUGCAGAGUGGCCUGUCAAUUCUCCUUCACCCAAGAUAGAAGAGCAAGGACCUUUGACCUUUGGCCUCUUACUCAACGGGGGUCUAGCAUCUAGUGUGCUUGACAAGGGUCCAGCUGCCAAUACAACAGAGGCGAAGGCAUUCAGUGAAUUCUGGGGGAAGAAGUCAGAAUUGCGCCGCUUUCAAGAUGGCUCUAUCUGUGAGGCUGUGGUAUGGCCCGGUACAAGUGUGGCUGAAAAGAGACUAGUCUGUAGUCAUAUUGUCAGGCACAUUCUACACCUACAUGCAGGCAUCAAACCGGAAUCAAUCGCCUACACCGGGGGCCAGCUAGACCCCAUCCUCCAGCAGCCCCUACUCCACCCCUCCUCUCCCGGUGGUGAUGAGGAGCCGGCCCCACGCACGGGGGAGGAGGAGCUGCUACAGAUCAGUGUGGCUUAUACCAAGCUGAGCAGGCACCUGAGAGAACUCAAGGACCUGCCUCUUAUGAUCAGCUCCGUGCAGGGGACCUCACCGGCCAUCCGCCAUACGGAGGUCUACCCACCAUGUGCCGGAUGGCCUUCAGAUAGAUUGAGGACUGCUGGACCAUCAGUGCCGGUCAAAAUACCCUCAAAUGACAAACAAUGUCCUACAUGGAUACCAGCUCUCAGAGUGGUAUGCCACCUAGAGAGCAGUGGCAAGUGGCCCGAUGACCUGGAAGCAAUACAUCACAUCAAGACAGCCUUCCACCUCAAGAUGGCCGACAUGCUUCACAAGCAGUGCAAGCUGGUCACCGUGGCAACUGCUAGCCACAUCCUGGCGAUUGUGGAUGGGUUUGUGUUCCAAGUAUCGGUGGCUCACAGGAGAGAGAUUGUACUCCUCAAGGAGGUCAUCACUAAGGAAGGACUGAGCAUGCUCAGAGACAAUGAAAGGUCAAAGGUCCUAGAGAGAGAGACUGGUCAUCUACCCCAUCUCACCAGUCUACUUCACGGGGUUCACCAGCAUCAUGGUGCCUUUGGUCCGACGGUCCGUCUUGCCAAACGAUGGGUAGCAUCGCAUCUCUUAGCAGAUCACAUGACCUCAGAGUGCAUUGAACUCCUGGUAGCCUAUCUGUUCUUGCAUCCGGAACCCUUCACAUCACCGGUGUCACCACAAACAGGUAUCUUACAUUUCCUGAAUCUUCUUUGCCAACACGACUGGGAGAGUACACCACUCUUCAUCAACUUCAACAAUGAUCUCACAGCUUCAGAUUACGAUGAGAUUCGUCAGCAGUUCACCAACAAUCGAUCUCACCUUCCCGUCAUGUUCCUGGCCACGCCCACUGACAGACAGACGUCACUAUGGACACAAGACAAACCAACACCAAUGGUAAUCAAGGAUUACAUAUUCCAAAGGCUGAUUGAGCUUGCCAGGGAAUCAUUCACAGUAUUACAGCAGCAGCUCUCUGGACCUAUCUCAGCUGAAGUAGAUUUCAAGCAAAUCUUCCGACCUCCGCUCGACCCUUACGAUGUGGUGAUCCAUCUCCGAGCCAAGCUCCUUCCCAGGAGGCACCAGGCGGUUGAUGCCGACCCAACGACGGAGAGUUUGUUGACCCUCAAACCUACCCUCGAUGCCAAGCACUUACCGGUGGUGGACUUUGACCCCGUGCAGUGCUACCUGGUUGAGCUGAGGGAAGCUUUUGAGGACCUGGCCUUGUUCUUCCAUGAUACGUAUGGCGGUGACAUCAUAACAGUAGUGUGGAAGAGACCCGCCUUCAAACCUCAGCCAUUCAAGCCUCUUCAAGCGCAAGCCAGGAUACCCUCCACAUCUUCCUCCAAGGUUCCCCUCGUCAUCCCCAACAUAGAGGGGAUCAUCCAAGACUUCCAAACCAUGGGACGGGGGCUUGUCACGUCCAUCGAGGUCCGCACCGAAAACUGGAACAUUUGAUCGUCCAAGGGCAAUUGAUUCUUUUUCUUGGCCAGCUUGUAGCUCCCCUCGAUUCUUCCUCUUCUUAAUUAAUGUCUUCCUGAUUGUGCAAGACGUGUGUUUAUGAGGACAGCCUUUGGCAGGGUGCAAGUCAUUGGGGGAUGUUUCCAUUCACAAGAUGUCCUUGUCUCAAAGACAUCUCUCAUAAUCUGGACGGCUCAUUCACAUAUAUCGCAGUAAAUCAUUUGUUUGUGUACUGAGUGAAUGGCAGGUAGGAACAAAAAAGUAGCUACGAGCAACAAAGAUCCCUUGGGAACUCACCUAUCUAUGUGUUUUAUGAUACAAAAAGUUGAAGUGCCGGUACAAUAUGCUUCAAUAAGUACUUGUAACAAACUGCAGCAGGAAACAGCCGUAUGUGAACGAGGCUUUAGAGUGGCAAAUUAAUUAUAUCAUAUAGGAAGAAAGUAGAUCAGAGAGGUUGUAGAGUGAACCAGAUUGAGAAGGGAAGAAAUGAAAAGAAGACGUAUAGAAUUAUCUAAAUAUCAUUUGCAUAUGUUUGUAUUUUUAUGUAGAUAAAGAUAUGCUUCUCUGAAUAUUAUGUCCGAAAUAUUGAAUUUAGGAAAUAUAUAUAUAAUGCAGGGACUUCACAUUUUCAAGAUUAAGAAUAUUGUGUUUUAAUAUGUACAACUGUACUGUAGAAAUUAACUAAACCUGUUAUUUGACAGAGAUCACCAUGAUGAAGAUGAUGAUGAUGUAAAACCAGCCCUGAUAUAUUUCAUAGAAUAAAUAUGAAAUUAAUAUAUUGAGACAUUGUAUAAGACAUUUUAAGUGGUCCCCAACAUGUCAUGUUUCCUCUGCUGACAUGCACCAUGUGUGUAUUAUGCCUGGUGAAACAGCCCACCUCCUUUGACCCAUCCCCCUUAAAAAGAAAAUCAAAUAAAAGCUGGGAAUACAGCCUUUAGUUAUGAAAAUGAUUUGUCCUUUUUGAGUUCAUGAAUUAGUUUCAACUCAUGUUACAAUUCUCUAUUUUCGUAAAUUCCCCCCCCCCCCCAUGAAGAUGUUUAUGUGUCUUGCAGUAAAUUCAAUUGACAUGACUUGUUCAUAUUAAUUAGGAAGAUUGUUCUUUUGUAACUAAUUGAUUUAAUAUGUUAUAAAGCAUUGAACAGAAUUGGCUGUUUUUAUGAUACUUUUAUGUAAUGAAACACAAGGUUAUUGAUCAGUGAUAAAAUGAUUUUUAUGAAAAUCUUUGAUGAAGAUGAAUCACAUUUGUUCGAAAAAGAAAACACUGGUAUAUACAGAAUCUAGUAC